CCUCAUCAUUGUCAUUUGUCAGCAAUUGUCAGUGAUUUUUAGGACAAAAUUGUUGAAGAAAAAAUGUAGUUUUUAAUUAUUAUCAUUCAACAAAUAACAAUUAGAUUGGCCAAGCAAAAAGCCAUAAUAUAAUUAAAUAAUAAAAUUAUUGUCUUUGACAAUAUGAAAUUAUUUAAAUUAAUAGUACAUCAAAAGGGCUUUAGUCCUGAAGAUUUGUUGAUAAAUCAAAAAGAUUAUCCAGGUAUUAAAACUGGUGAUGUUGUUGAAAUAUAUCAUCCAGAUGACGAAUUUAGUAGAUUAUUAUUACAAGUUAAAUUAUUUAAAGAUGAUUUACAAGGUACAACAAUAAGUGUUGAAAAUAAUAUUGCAACAAUGUUUCAAUUACGUACAUUUACUGAUGUAUUUAUGAAUACUGUUGAUCCAGAUAGUGUUGCACUUGAUUCAAUUGAAUUAACAUUUAAAGAUCAAUAUAUGGGAAGAAGUGAAAUGUGGAGAUUAAAAAAUAGUCUUGUCAACAUGUGUGUUUAUACAAAUAAAAAAAUAGAAUUUUGUAGUGGAACAAUAAGAUGCCAGGUACAUGAAAUGUGGUCACAAGGUGAUCGUGUUGCUUGUGGUGUCAUAACAAAUGACACAAAGGUUGUUUUUCGUUCAUCAACAAGUAUGGUUUAUUUAUUUAUUCAAAUGAGCUGUGAAAUGUGGGAUUUUGAUGUACAUGGUGAUUUAUAUUUUGAAAAAGCAAUUAAUGGAUUUUUAGCUGAAUUAUAUCAAAAAUGGAAAAAAAAUAGUAGUAAUCAUGAAGUAACAAUUGUAUUAUUUUCACGUACAUUUUAUGAAGCUAAAAAUAUUGAUGAAUUUCCAAAUAACAUGCGUGAUUAUUUACAAAAAGAUUAUCUUGGUAGAUAUUAUGAAGAUUUUUAUAGAAUUGCUGUACAAAACGAAAAAUGUGAGGACUGGAAUAAUAUACUUGUUAAGCUACGUAAAUUAUUUACAAAUUAUUCAACAAUUGUAUUGGAUUAUCAUAAAAAACCAGGUAUAACAAUACCAACAUCAACAAAUUCAACAGCAGCACAGGGUAAUUUUUUAGAAGUAUUAAAUAUGUCAUUAAAUGUAUUUGAAAAACAUCAUCUUGAUAGAAGUUUUGAUAGAACUGGUCAGCUAUCAGUUGUCAUAACACCAGGUGUUGGUGUAUUUGAAGUUGAUAAAGAAUUAACAAAUUUUACAAAACAAAGAAUAAUUGAUAAUGGUGUUGGUAGUGAUCUUGUUUGUGUUGGUGAACAACCACUUCAUGCUGUGCCAUUAUUUAAAUUUCAUAAUAAAGAUAUAACAAUAAAAUCAAAUGAUGAAUAUAGAAUGCCACAUUGGAUUAAUUUAAGUUUUUAUUCAUCAAAUAAAAAAAUUCCAUGCUCAACAUUUAUACCAAGAAUUAAAAUACCACAAAAAGUUGAUAGGCAAUAUAUUAAAACUGGUAAAACAACAAAUAAAAAUAAAUGGUGGCCAAAUGGUGUUAAAGAUUAUGCUGCAUAUGAUAGACAAGUAUUUCAAUUGCCAACAGUUUCCACAUCAAAAACAUCAUUGAGAGUUAAAAAAACAAGUGUAACAUGUAUUGACACAUACAAUAAUACACAAACAUGUAAAAUUAUAAAACGUAAAAUAUCUGAUCCAGAUAUUAAUCAUUCACCAACUGAUAUUACAACAUUGACAGCAAGAAGUGCUGCUAUUUCAAUACCAGAUAGAAAUGAUGGAGUCAUAAGAAAACAUUCAACUGGUGAUACAAAUAUUGGUAAUAAUAAAAAUUCAACAAAAAGUGAAUUUAUUGAUACAACAUUGUCACCGUCAUACAGACAAGUAUCUGGGAGUGCUGGAAGUCCAAUGGAUACAGCAAUACAAUUUUCAACAUCACAAAAAUCUGCAAAAGGAUCAUUCAAUCCAUUUGAUCGUUCUUAUGUUAAUAUUAAACCAACCAGCAAUAGACGUCGUUGGACUCAUAUAUUUCCAAAAGGACCAGCUGGUGAUUUGAUUCAACAACAUCAUCAUCAAGCAGAUAAAUCAACAUCAGAAAAUCAAUCUCAAGUUACCUUCAAUGAUUCAAUUAUAGGUGUUGAUUGGAAGUCAUUGACAAUACCAGCAUGUCUACCAAUAACAACUGAUUAUUUUCCUGAUAAAAAAAGUUUGCAGGAUGAUUAUGUUGUGUCUGAUUAUAAUUUAUUGCCAGAUGAUGUUAAUGCUGAUUAUGCACAACAACGUGCUAUUUAUAAAAAGCCAUUAACAACUGCUGAAGUGUUUAAAGAACUUGUCUCACAAAGACUUGCUCAGGGUUUUCAAUUAAUUAUUUUACCAACAAUUGAAAAAGUCAAAACAAUAAAUGCUGGUAGUAAUUCAUCAACACAUGUUAGCUCAGUUAUUCGUGGUAGACAAACACAGUCAGAACCAAAAGAAGAAUAUCUUCUUAGCAUUGGAAGAAUAUUUCAUAAAAUAUCAUUAAGUGGAAAUUGUAUAACAGUCACAAGUUAUCGACCAAGACGUUCACAUCCACCUUUUAAUAUUCAUUAUGGAUAUCGUUUUCAUGCACCACAUAAUGAUACAUAUGAAAUGUCCUGGGUAUCAUUUACAAAUGAAAAACCAGAAAAUUAUAGUUGGAAUUAUUUAGAUCAUUAUAUUUGUACACGUGGUGUUGCUGAUUUUGCACGUUUUGAAUCACUUAAAUAUUGGAGAUACAGAAUGUUUUUAUUACCACUGGCAAAUCCAGGAACAACAAAAAUAACUGAGGGCUCAACAACGUGUGAUGUGUACAGUCCAUCAGCAUCCAAUCAACAAGCAACACAAGUUGAUUAUUUCAUACGUUUUAUUGAAUUUUGGUUGAAUAAAAUAAAACGUAACAAUCCACUAGCUCACUGGAGCCCAACAGCUCUAGGUGGGAUACCUCCAAGAGAUCCUGCCUCACACCUGACCAGACGCAGGCACAGCACAAGUCUGAUAUUCCUCACUAACCAGGUACAUUCACCUCCCAUCCAAUUACAGUGCAGCAAUAUUGAUAUUAUUAUUCCGAAUAAUGUUGGGGGAACUUCACCUUUUCGUGAAAGAGUGGGAAGUAAUCGGCUACAUGAUAAACCAAGACCAAGGUCAGGUUCAAAAGUGGGUGGUAUGGAUCGUGGUGGUAAAGUAUCACCAGCAAGUGAAGCAGUUAAGCCACUUUCAUUGGAUCAACAAUCCCAUCAAGAUGUCCACACUGAAAAUAAUGAAGAAAAUGUUAAUAAUGAUGUAUCAAGAUUAAAAAGCAACGCAUCAAACAUAGAAAUAAUUGAAGCCCUAAAAAAUACUCAUCCAGAUUUUUUUAUUCAACAUGCAUCAUUACCAAAUCAGACAUUUGCAAGUGCUGAUAUAAUAUUCUGGUUAAACAACAACAUCGAGGGUGGUACAAGUGUUGAUAAAGGAAUAAAAAUAAUGCAAAAUAUGAUUAAUGAAAAAUUAAUUUGCCAUGCAUCUGGUGAUUAUACAAAGCCAUUUAUAAUUGGUUAUUAUUUUUACUAUAUUGUACAAGAAAAAAAUCACAAAUUACAGCAUUAUUCAUCAGCUCAAAGUUUUGAAAAUGAAUGGGUUGAAAUUGAAAUAAAACCACCAGUAAAUUGGUGUCAACCAGUUACAAAUUCAUCAUUAACAAAUAUACCAACAUCAACAUGUGAAACAAUUGAUGAAUCAAAUAUACCACCAUUUUUACGUGAUGAUUUAGAUAUAUAUUUAUUAAGCCAAGAAAAAGAACGUCAAAUAAUUAAUUGUAAACAUACACAUCUUGAUAUUGAUAUUAAUUCAAAGAGUGAUAGAAUUGAAUGGGGACAUUUACGUUAUCAGUCAUUAUUUAAAGUUGAUCAUUCAUUUGAACUUGUUGUACAGUGGGUUGCUGCAUCUGGUAGUAUGGUUGGUGAUUUGAUACUUUUUUGGCAACGUAAAGCACAAAUGUAUCAGCUACAAAUGGUACCAAUACCAAGUGAAUUAAUAUCAUUACCAAAUUCAUUAAAAAGUGAUCCAUUAAGAGGACCAAUAUUUAUACCACUUGAUACUGAAUGUUUAAUGCAAAAUAGAGAUCAUUUAUUUGAAGAAUUUCGUGAAGAAACAUAUUCACACAGAUUAUUUUUAUUUCAAGAAGCAAUUAUACAAAAAUUUGGCUUUAUACCUUGUCAAAUUGAUUGUAAUGAUAAUAAUGAUUAUCAGUAUGUUCAUGUUACUGGUAAUGCAUUUAUUUUAUUACCAUCAACAAUUCAUCAAAGACAAAGAAAUCGUCUUGGUGAUAGACGAAGUGGUUUUUUGUGGUCUUGGAAUCAUAUGAUUAGCAGAAAAGGAAAAUCAUUGUCAUCAGCUGGUGAUGAAUUAUUUCAUAAAAAAAUUAUACAAGAUUUUAAAUUUUUUUGUACAAAUGGUGAUAAUAGACUUAGUCAAUUUUGGGAAUCUUGUUGGGAAUUAAAAGAAAAAUCAUGUCUUGAUAAUAGUUCAGUUUUUGUUAAUUAAAAAAUUUUAAAUAUUUUUGUUUUUUACUGUAAAAAUUUGUGUAAAUUAAAUCAUCAAUAUUAAAUAUUAAUAUUUCUUUUUAUAAAAAAUAACAACGAAAUAAGUAUAAAUUUUUUAAAGUUAAAUAUGAUGUAGUUUUUUUAAAAAAUAUUAUUCAAAUGUACAAUAUUUUAUUUUUUAUUGACAACAAAUACUUUUAUAAAUUCAACAGUGUGCCAUUGACUAUUAUUAAUUCAAAAUGUCUUUUUUAAUUAAAUAAAUUAUAGCCUGAUUAAUGAU